UCGUUGAAACUUAAGAACUUCGAAAACCUGAUAAUGAAUGCUUGAAUUUGCUCAUCAUUCCUCUCUUUCCUUUGUUUUUUUUUUUGCAUAAAUAAAUAUUAUAUGCAAAUCAAAUAUUAUCCCUGCUCCAGACUGCUCUAUUAUUCUGCAACUGCUUUGACGUCUUUGCCUUCUACAAUAUAGUUUAAGUUUGAUCUUGUUUCUGUUUUUAUCUCUUCCAUUUCAUGUUCUUUGUACUUGUAUUAACCAUUUACCGUAGAUUGAAAAGACAAAAAAACACUUUGCUUAUUUUCUUUUAUAUAUGUGGGCUAGAAGACUUCAUUUGAAGGAAGAGGGAGACUUCAUUUGAGAUUGAGGUGAGUUUUCUUGGCUUUUUUCGAAGAGUUUUGUCUUAGCAACUUAUGGAGCUGCAAUUGGCUUUAAAGGGUUUGGAAUUUGCCCAGAAGAAGAAGAAACGGGUUGCUUUAAUGGCGGCUUUUGGUUUAACCAGUUAUGGUUUCUAUAGAGUUUAUCACUUUCCUGCUAUAGCUCAAAAGCGAAACAGAGUUUUAAAGCUUUUAGGAGCUUUGGUUUCCAUUACUGAAGCCGUCUCUGAUUGUGCUGAAACAAUAAGAGUUGUUUCUAAUGAUUUGAAUGGUUUUCUCCAAUCAGAAUUAGACCAAAUUCCAAAUAGUUUGAAACAAGUUUCGAAAAUCACCAGGUCCAAUGAGUUUUCACAGUCCAUAGCAAGGGUUACACAAGGCCUGACUGUGGGAAUUUUACGUGGUUAUCAAUCGGAGGCAAGAAGUGGUGAUACCUUAAAUGCCAAAUCUAGUUCAAUGGAUCAAGUUAUGGAUAAGCUUUUUACUGAAGAUGGUGCUGGUUUUGCUUCCGCUGUUGUUGGAAGCUUUGCUAGGAAUUUGGUCAUGGCAGCAUGUAAAGAACUGCAAUCUGAAGGAGAUUCAAACUCAAAUUCGACUCCGUUCUGGCUGAAUUUGGUGUGUGGUGAUGAGUUUAGGGAGCUGAUUGGUGAUUGUAUUCAAGUUUUUGUUAGCUCUAUGGUGGGCGUUUAUCUUGAAAAGACUAAAGAUGUCAACACUUUUGAUGAGUUCUUUGCAGGGUUGACUAACCCCAACCAUGCAACACAACUGAGGAACUUGUUGGUCACUACUUCUAAUGGUGCAAUGGAGGCUCUUGUCAAAACAUCUCAUCAAGUUUUGACAAAUUCUAAUGGUUCAAAGGACUCACCUGAUGAUGUCAAUGAUGAUGCUGAUGAUGAUGAUGGGUGGGUUAGAAAAGUAUCAUCAACUUUAUCAGAGCCAAGAAAUAAGAAAUUUGUUGUUGAUAUGAGUGGAAGGAUUGCAUUCGAAACAGUUAGAGCAUUCCUUGAAGCUUUGUUGGACAUAGUAUGUCAAGGCAUGAAAAAAUGUGUCAAGGUUGCUCAUGAAGCUGUCGUUGAAGGUGGUCUUGAGAUAGUGAGAUAUGUUAGUGCAAAGUCUUCAGUUGUUGCCACCAUAUGUCUGUCUCUGUGCUUGCACAUUCUUGGCGGUGUUUGGAUCUUGGUGCCAGCACAAGUUGUUUCACCAAGUCAUGUCAUCCUAUAGUUUUCACCCACGCCUCCAUGUGUUCAUUUCUUCGCUCUAUGUUAAGUUGCUUCCAUGAAUAAAAUUCAUGUUGGAAUUUGUAAUAAUUAAUCUUUAGCUUCAUUGCUCGUACGUAUUUAGCAUUUAUAAAAUCUUUGUAUUUACAAUAUUUUAAGCCUAUGUAGUCGAUUCAAUUUAGUUUUCA